AUGCAAUGGAUGAUAACGAACAAAAUGAUCAAAUUUAAAUUACAGAUCGAUCAAGAAAAAUUUCUAAAGGAAAUUGGUUUGAGAAAAAGUGAACCUUAUUUAUUCACUAAUCGAGAUGAGCUAUUAACUGAAUUUCAAAUAGCAGAUCGAAGUUUUUCACCUGAUGGGAAAUUUGUUGAAUUGAUAAAGGAUUUGGGAAAUCCUAAAAUAGGUAACUCUUAUAGAUUUUAG